AUGGACUCAGAAAAACAAACUUUCAGAAACAAAAGAGGCUUUAAUAGCUUUGUUGGUUUGAUAGUGCUCCUUGCUCUUAUAAGCACAGUCUCUGCGAUGAUUCAGGCUAAAAUAAAUGAUGCAGCUAAGCUCAGACAGUUCAUUGAAGACUCUCUUGACGAUAUCAUGGUGACUGUGUGGUAUAAGCACCAGAGGUAUAAUAGAGCACUUAAUGAGAGAAACCUUCUCACCACUGGAUCGCUUAAGAAAGGACUAAAUGGAUGCCAAGCUAGUAGCCAAAGUUUCGAUGAUCUUAAAGGUAGUACUAUUGUCUACGCUGAAGCAGAUCUUUCUGACUACAACCACGACGAAGCUGAGUCUUUCUGGUAUCUUGCUAACCAAUGGAAUAUUGACCUGAAGCCUUUAGCAAAUGGCCCACUAAUCAUGGUAAUGAAAAAUGGAGAUGGUCAGAUUUUCUGGGGGAACCAAGACACUCCAACUUCUACGUUACUUCAAAGAAUCAAUUCAGAGAUAGUGAAGCUUCAAGGAGAAGAUGUCAAGUUAAGCAAAGGAGUUCCCAGAGAUCUGGUUCAAAAUCUUCUAUCUCCUAACAAUCAAGGUUCAGUAGACAUCCCUUGCAAAUUAAUGGUUGAUGAAUCGGAUGUUAUCGAGUUUGCCAGAUCAGACCCUUGGGAUGAUCACGUUGAGAUUGCAAAGCAAGUGAAGCCACAGGUCAGAGCUGCACCUCCAAAAUACCAUCUCAAGGAGCCAGAGAAAUCAUUUGCCCAUGUUUAGAUCUUUUG